AUGGCCUUUCACAAGGCUGCAGAGACAGGCCAUGGGUGCAAAGAGGUGAGCUUGGGUACGGCUGCUUCUGCUUCUCGUCUGGUCCGUUUGGAGUCGUGCGGCCAGGCAGUGCAGCGCUUCGUUUGUACCGGCCACGUACCUGGCAACCUGCCAAUGCAGCGCCUACGGACGUGUACAUGUACUGGCGGGGAAGAGGAAAGAGCAUUUGAUGGAGAGAGUGACGCCAUUUUGUUUAUGGUUUCCGUUCAAAUGUUACGGAAUAAGGCAUGCGAUACGAGUAACAGUACAGUACGUACCGCACUUGCACCGCAUGCGUCAAACGAUAUGGGUGUGGUGGUACAGGUACCCGACCGAGAGGAUAAGAGAGCUCUUGACGGGAGCUCUCAGAAGGUAGCACCCGCCUAUCCUACCUUAAAUCUUGCCAUGCGGGACCAUUUAACGACACCCCCAACCAGACCGCCGGAGACUGAGCGAGGGUUGGACUCCUCUUUGCAAUUUUUUUUCUUCCUUGCCCUGUGGGUUUAA